AUGGGUGGAUAUUUUGUAACGCGUAAAUAUUCGAGUGUUUGUCGGAGUUUUGUCGACGAGCGUAUUAUGAAAGAUGAUAAUUCUCAGUGUACGGCUGAAGGUAAAGUUAAAGUCAAACGGAAAGCGCCAAUUAAAGUGGUUUUGAGACGUCUCCCACGAGACAUGACAUGGAAGGAACUUCAGAUUCAAUUGGAUCCUAUUCCAGAGACUGAGUUCACUCAGUUUGUUGCCGUUAAUGCAGAGGACGGUCUUGAAAAAUGUUUGCGGAAGGAUUCAAAAUUCGCAAACCCUCGAGCCUAUUUUGUAUUCAAAAACGAUGAGGAUAUAGAGACAUUUCGUGAUCGUUUUAGUGGAUACGUUUUCAUCGAUUCGAAAGGAAGUGAAGGAGUUGGUUUGGUUGAAUUAGCACCCAAUCCAAAGGUUUCGAGAAAUAAAGUUGAUGAUUCAAAAAAGCGAGAUCGAAAGUGUGGAACUAUUGAUACAGAUUUGGAGUAUAAAAAAUUUUUGGACGAUCGUGAAAAUGCGAGUAAAAUAACAAUCGUACCAAUCGAAGAACGUAUCAAAGAAGUUGAAUUGAAGGAAAAGAAUGCCCACGAAAAUGCUAUCCAAGAAACUCCGCUCACGCAAUAUUUACUGCGCAGAAGUGAAGAAAAAUAUAGAAGGAUUCAGGAAAAACGUCGUAAUCGGGAAGAAGAGAGGCGUUUAAGACUGCAAAGACUUUACGAGAAAGAGCAAAAAGAAAGAGCUGAACGUGGUGACGGAAAACGAGUUACGGAAUUUCGAAACUCAAAAUUCGAACGUGCUCCAUUCAAAGAGAAAUAUUUGGAUCGCGAACGAAGAGAUCGAGAAAGGGAUAGAGAUCGGCAUCGAGAUAAAGAUCGAGAUCGACCAAGAGAGAAGGAUCGGGAUCGAAACAGGAAUAAAGAUAAGGAUCGGCGUCGAGAUAAAGAUCGAGAGAGGGGUGUAAGUGGCUCGAAGAAAGAUAGAGAUCGAGAAGAUGGAUCCGAAGAGCGAGAGUUGACACCAUCGAAGAAGUCGGAAAGAGUUUGCAGAAAUGAGCGAACGAUGGCAAGAAAGGAACGUGAUGAUACGCAGGGUGGUAAAGAGAAUGUGGCACGGAGCGAAAGGAUAUCGAAGAAACAGGAAUCGAAGGGAGUUGUUGACGAUAAUAAUGCCGAGGCGGCAAGGUCGAGUAGCGAAAAACAAGAGAACGGAAACGAUGUCAAUGAAGGAGCGAAAGUGAAAUCAACAGUCAUUACUCCAAGGACAGUUAUGAGUCGUACAAAAGAAACAACAGCGGAGAAGAGUGAGACUAAGGAAACAGAGAAAAGUGAUUCGGUUGCCCCGAAACAACCCCGUCGAGCGAGGGAUCGUCCCGAACGUGCCAUAUAUCAGCCAGGUGCUUUGAGGCGACGAGCUGCCGCACUCAACGCAGCAGCUGCAUCUUCAUCAGCCCAAAACACGGAAUCGACGAAGCAUUCUGAACGAGCAUCGUCCACCAACCCGAAAUCAGACUUGCACGAGUCGUGA